AUGGCAGCUACACCAGAGACGAUCUACCUCGCAGUGUGCCAAAAGCACACUCUGUCCAGCACUCCAGAAACGCUCGAGGCCUUGUCCCAACAAUGCCAGAAAGCCUCCAAGGAGGAACCCUCUCCAGACCUGAUCCUCUUCCCCGAGGCCUACAUCGGUGGUUAUCCCCGAGGAGCUACCUUUGGCGCUGCUGUGGGAGGUCGCACCCCUGAAGGUAGAGAGCAGUUCUUGAACUACUUCAAGGAUGCUGUCGAUUUGGGGGAUACUCCCGAGGGUGCGGGGGAGAAGUGGGUGAGGAGAGAAUUGGAGGGGCAAGAAGGAGGUGAUGCAACCCGGGUCCGACGUGGAGACGGUACCCGAGAGCAGCUUGAAAAAGUGGCUAGAGAGACUGGCAUCUUCAUCGUCACGGGAUUGGUUGAGCGAUCUGGGGGGACUCUUUACUGUGCUGUCGUCUAUGUCUGUCCCAAGCUUGGAGUCAUUGGCAAAAGAAGAAAGGUUAUGCCAACGGGAAGCGAGCGUUUGAUAUGGGGUCAAGGACAACCGUCUUCGCUCCGUGCUGUGACGACCACCAUUAAGGGCGUUCACAUCACCCUCGCAGCGGCAAUCUGCUGGGAGAAUUAUAUGCCGCUGUUGCGUCAUUCUCUCUACAGCCAGAACGUCAACCUCUAUCUAGCGCCGACGGCGGAUGCGCGUGACACUUGGUCUGCUCUUAUGAGAACGGUAGCUUGUGAGGGCAGAUGCUUCGUCCUGAGCGCCAAUCAAUGCUUCAAAAAGCAGAGCCAGCCGGCUUGGGUUUACGGUGAGAAGUCUGAGAGUGAGGAGUUUGUGUCCAGUGGCGGUUCUUGCAUUGUGUCUCCGCUGGGUGAAGUCCUUCAGGGGCCCUUGUGGGAGAAUGAAGAUGGCAUGUUGACCGUUGGGGUCAACUUUGAUGAUUGCGUGAGAGGAAGAUUGGACUUGGAUGUCGCUGGGAGCUAUUCGAGAAACGAUGCGUUCAAAUUGACCGUCACUGGGCUUGAUAUCAACCCCCCUAUCUGA